CAAAUUAGAAAUUUGCAACCAUUUCCUCUAAUUUUCGAAUGGACUCAUCAUUAAUCUUUCAUAUUUCCUUCUCACUUCACUUUCACUUUCUUUUUUCUCACUUACUUUCUUCAUUCGCUCAAGAUCUCAUCCUUUCUUUACUGUAAACUCUCUUCAUCAUCCAUCUUUAACCCCAAUCUACUUUAGCUCCAGCCAUAUCUCUGUAGUGCAUCACCAAAAAUCUAAAAUCAAAGCCCCUACUAAGAUCUUCUGUUUCUUUCUCUCUCUAUAUGGCUUUCGACUCCUCUCCAUCCUAUUCUUGAUAAAUUUGGAAUCUAGUAAGUUCUUAUGGAUCUUUUCUUUUUUUUUUUUUCCUUGUCAACUCUUCCUAUGGAUUCCGAUUCUAUUAUGGGAUUGGUUUUUGAUUAAAUUGGCUCUUUGAUUCUUAAUUAAUAAUCUAGAGAGUCUCAGUUCGCAAAGCUACCACUCAUCUCUACCUCUUUCCACUCUGUCUCUUGUCUGUUGUUUAUGAAUGUUCAUACAAAGAUACACCACUCUGCUCUCUUCAUCACUUUUGUCAUUCUUUUGUAGCCGAGGUGUUGGUGUAGGUGUGAGUAAUGUAGCUAAUACUGAUGUAACACUAGCAGACAGUGCUAUGGAAUUGCAUAACAAUGAUGGUGAGGAUGGGAAUCUUGGAAAGAAAAGAAAGGGUAUACAAAAAAGGUCAAAGGUAUGGCUACACUUCACUACAUUUGAUGAUCCAAUUACUGGUAAGCAGAAAGCAACAUGUAAUUAUUAUGGAAAGAUGUUAUGUGCUAAACCUAGGAGAAAUGGUACUUCUACCAUGAAUGGUCAUGUUGAAUGUUGUUUGAAAAAUCCUAGUAAUUUGAAAAAUAACACACUGUUGAAGUAUGUUAGUAAAGUAGAUAAAAGUAAGACAAUGAUUGAUUUAGGGUCUUGGAAGUUUGAUGAAGGUGCAGUGAAGAGAGCAUUGGCUGAAAUGUUAAUUAUUGAUGAAGACUCCUUUAGCUUGGUUGAAAAAUUAGGCUUUAUGAGGUUUUGUGAAGUAGCAUUGCCACCGACUUUUGAAAUUCCAUCUAAGAGAACCAUAACUAAAGAAUGUUAUGACAUCUAUGUAGAACAUAGAAUUGCUUUGAAAAAAUUCUUCAAAGAAUCAAAUCUAAGAGUGUCAUUAACCACUGACACUUGGACUAGCUUACAAAGAAUCACUUAUAUGAGAUUGACUGCUCAUUUCAUUGAUGCUAAGUGGAAGUUACAUAAGAAAAUACUUUGUUUUUGUCCUGUUGAUAACAAUAAAGGAGAUGAGUUAAGAGAUCUUCUUGUUAGAUGUUUGAAGGAUAGGGGGUUAGAGAAAAUUUAUGCAUUAACCAUUGAUAAUGCAUUAGCAAAUGAUGGACUUGUGAGGGUUUUAAACGAUGCAAUGAACAAAUGGGGAACUGCUAUUCUUGGUGGGAAAGACAUUCACAUGAGAUGUGCAACCCACAUCGUAAACUUGGUUGUUGGUGAAGGUACCAAAGAAAAAGAGAUGAACAAGUCUGUGACUGCCAUUAAGGCUGCAAUCAAAUAUGUUAGGCAAAGUCCUAUGAGGUUAAAGAGAUUUAAGGAGUGGGCAAAAAUUGAAUCCAAAAAGCUAUUGUGUUUGGACAUCCAAACAAGAUAUGCAAGACAAGGCCCAAACAUGAAGAAUGAGUUGAAUGAUGGCCCCGAUACUCCUAGAUUCCCUUCUUGCAUAGAUUGGGAAAAUGUUGAUCAUAUACUUAAAAAAUGGCAACGAGAUGUGGAUCUUCAUGAUCUUGCUGGUAGAAUGAGGAAAAUGUAUGGUCAUAAACCUAAUGGUGAACCUAAUGAUGAUGGGCCUCUUUAUGUUGCCAUGGUCAAACAUGAGAUGGGAAUGUUGUUUGAAGAAUACAAGAGGUUGAAUUCCUUUACUAUGAAAUCAAGUGACUGUCAAUCAUUUGAUGAAGAAGGAAGCAGCUCUACCUCUGUAAUCAAUCUCCAAAGUGUGGCAAAUCCGAAAAAUAGCAUGCAAACAUCCCAAGUGAGGUCUGAUUAUAAGAAGUUUAAAGUUGCCAAUGUCCGUGAGUUCCCUACAGCUUGCCGCCGGCUUCUCUCCCCCCCUGCAGCUCCGGUUCUUGCUGGAAAAUUCUGGUAUGAUGGCCACUUCUUUAAGCCCUAAAUUAGCCAUUUAAUUACUGCUUUGUGUGUGUCUGAAUUGUGCCGGAAAUGGGGAGGAAUUCCGGUAGCAUUAGUAGCAUUUCAAAUGUGUUUUAAGCUUGAUUAAGUAGAAUUUAGCUUGAAUUAGCUGCUGUGAUGUUUUGUGUGAAAAUCUCGUGUGUGUGAAUUGUGAUUUGCCAAAGUUGUGCUCUCCUUGUGCUACCGUGAGAAAUGGGAAAAUUUUGGUAGAUUAAGUUAUGUUUUCAAGCUUGGUUUAAGUGUAAAUUAGCUUGAAUUGGGUUGUGGUGAUUUUGGAGAAAAAUCCCGUGAAUUAGCUAGUGUUUUGGCCCAUUUUUGGAAGUUAGAGAGUACUGUUCAGGUCGUGGUACUGUUCACAGAACACUGUUUAUGGCACUGUUCAUAGAACACUGUUCACACGCCGAAGGCCAACAAUUAACGGGGAUUUAAGUGAUUAGUUUGUGAUAUAAGAACGAAUUUGGAGAUAUUUGAUCAUGUGGAGAUUUAUGGAAAUAGCAUUGUGAUUAGGAAUGAUCCUAAUGAUGAUUUCAGUUUGAAUUUGUGGUGAUACGAUAAUUAAUUGUGGAUAUUUUGAUUAGGUUCUUGAUCGUUCUGUCAGUUUAGUACGUGACUUGAGUGCUCAGUUUUGCGGAGUGAGGUAAGUAAAUUUAUGGUAAUGCCCGUACAGUUUUUAAAAGCAUGUUUUGAUUUGUUUUUGAAGUGGUGGGAGGACUAAACCCGUUUUACACAAGUAUGACUGAUUUGAAGUGAAAUGUUUUAUGCUUUUCAUUAAAUUGAGCAUGCCUACUUGAAAUUUAAGUGACUGUCCUGAUGAUCUGAAAGUGAUUAUGAAUUGUGAUUCCUGUUAACUUCUGCCUGUUUUGUCUUCGAUGUGGUCAUGUUAUUUGUGACCCUGCUAGUGGGGGAGGUUAUAAACACUAGCACAUGUC